CCAAGGUUUAUUGAGAACUACAUGCCAAGUGCUGCACUUGGUGGUCCUUGUUCUCACAAAGCACUGAAUCUCUGAAACUGGCCAGGUGGAGACAUGGAUUGCAGGGCGUAUCUUCAAGGGCUUGUAGCCUCUUCAGCGAGGAUGACAAUGAAAAGGGCCAGGAGAAUUGCCCAGAGAGUCGUCUCCCAUCUUGAGGCUUUGGGUAGAGGUGGGUGAGACUGAAGGAGCUGGUCUCAUUUGAGGGCUUCCUGAAAGAAAACUUUCCCUCUAGGAUGAAAAGUCAGCUCUGGGCCCCAAAGAACUAGAUGACUCUGUACCUGUGACCCUCAAAGGAGUGGAGUUGCUGCAUGGGAGAAAGGAAAAAUAGGACCAGCUUUGGGAGCAGGGCCUGGGUGCCAUGUCCAGUAACCCUUGCCCACAGUGAGAUGGUGGGCAUCUGUGGUGGGAGCUCACCACAUGCCAGGUAGAGGGCUGGGCACGGUAACACAGUGGACGGCUGGAUGUGUGUGUGCGCGCGCAGGUGGGGGAUGGCUGGUGGGGCAAUGGGCAGAACAUGGAGCUAAGGGAGGAGGCUGGGGGUCAGAUGGCUCAGCCCCAAGCCCCUAGAGGUAGUUGUUGGAGGAGAGAGAUGAACAGAGGGUGGCUGUGCUGAUGGAAUUAGACAGCCUUGCCCAAAGUCAGAACCCUGGAGCCCUGCGAGCUAUGUGGGGAAUGAGAACAACCCCCACAGUGCAGGGGUGAGGGCGGAGUGUAGGUAUGCACAGAAUCUUACAGCUGGAAGAGACCUUCAAUGUCAUUCAGUUCAACCUCCUACCCCACAAAAUCUUUGUCUUCCAGUGCCCAACUGAGGGCACUCAACUCUACUUGGUUGGACACCUCAAGGUAUGGGGAGCUCACUCCCUCCAGGUGGCUCAUGUCAGAGAGCUUUUGGCGCCUUCGAGACGGUCAGGAGAAGGCUGGCGCUCCGACCUUGGUCCCGCUAAGCCGGCUGGCCUCCACCCCGCAGCGGCACCCGGCUGGGGUUGCGGCGCGGCAGGGCUGGCGCUGCUGUCCCCAGCCCCAGUGCUGAGGCAGACAGAGUGCAGUGGGCUCUGGUGGAGGUCGGGAGAACUGCAGGACGAAAGCCGCCGGGGGCUCCGCGGGCUGCGGGGGGAGGCACUUGACACCGGCCAGGGGAGAGGAGGGGCCGCUGUCCCUGCGGCCAGUGCUGGAUGCGGGGACCCCGCGCGGAGGCAACGCCAGGUGGAGUCAUCUGGAGCCCCAGCGCACAGGCAGACGGAGGCAGCGGUUCACCGGCGGGCUCAACACCGGCAUCUAUGUUUAGGUUCUAACUCUUGCCUACAAAGACCACGAUAAUUCCUUCCCCAAAGCCCAGCAGCCCCCCAUCCCCGCGCAGCCCCGGCCUGCCUCCCACAGCCCAGCUGCCUGCCAUGCCCUCCAGCGGCCCCGGGGACACCAGCAGCUCUGCUGCGGAGCGGGAGGAGGACAGAAAGGAUGGAGAGGAGCAGGAGGAGUCUCGAUCCAAGGAAGAGCGACAGGAGCCCAGCACCACGGCCCGAAAGGUGGGGAGGCCUGGGCGGAAGCGCAAGCACCCCCCGGUGGAAAGUAGUGACACACCGAAAGAUCCUGCAGUGACCUCCAAGUCCCUGUCCACGGCCCAGGACUCAGGCCCCUCAGAGCUGUUACCCAAUGGGGACUUGGAGAAGCGAAGUGAGCCCCAGCCGGAAGAGGGGAGCCCUGCUGGGGGGCAGAAGGGCGGGGCCCCAGCAGAAGGAGAGGGUACAGCUGACACCCCAUCUGAAGCCUCCAGAGCAGUGGAGAAUGGCUGUUGCACCCCCAAGGAGGGCCGAGGAGCCUCUGCAGAAGAGGGCAAAGAACAGAAGGAGACCAACAUUGAAACCAUGAAAAUGGAGGGUGCCCGGGGCCGGCUGCGGGGUGGUUUGGGCUGGGAGUCCAGCCUCCGCCAGCGGCCCAUGCCGCGGCUCACCUUCCAGGCGGGGGACCCCUACUACAUCAGCAAGCGCAAGCGGGACGAGUGGCUGGCACGCUGGAAAAGGGAGGCUGAGAAGAAAGCCAAGGUAAUUGCAGUAAUGAACGCUGUGGAAGAGAACCAGGGGGCUGGGGAGUCUCAGAAGGUGGAGGAGGCUAGCCCUCCCGCUGUGCAGCAGCCCACCGACCCUGCCUCCCCCACUGUGGCCACCACGCCUGAACCCGUGGGGGCUGAUGCAGGGGACAAGAACACCACCAAAGCAGCCGAUGACGAACCAGAGUACGAGGACGGCCGGGGCUUUGGCAUUGGGGAGCUGGUGUGGGGGAAACUGCGGGGCUUCUCCUGGUGGCCAGGCCGCAUUGUGUCUUGGUGGAUGACGGGUCGGAGUCGAGCAGCUGAAGGCACCCGCUGGGUCAUGUGGUUCGGAGACGGCAAGUUCUCAGUGGUGUGCGUGGAGAAGCUGAUGCCACUGAGUUCGUUCUGCAGUGCAUUCCACCAGGCCACCUACAACAAGCAGCCCAUGUACCGCAAAGCCAUCUACGAAGUCCUGCAGGUGGCCAGCAGCCGCUCAGGGAAACUGUUCCCAGCGUGUCAUGACAGUGACGAGAGUGACACUGCCAAGGCUGUGGAGGUGCAAAACAAGCAAAUGAUUGAAUGGGCCCUCGGGGGGUUCCAGCCCUCUGGUCCCAAGGGCCUGGAGCCACCAGAAGAGGAAAAGAAUCCCUAUAAAGAAGUUUACACAGACAUGUGGGUUGAACCUGAGACAGCUGCCUACGCGCCACCCCCACCAGCCAAAAAGCCCCGGAAGAGCACAACAGAGAAGCCCAAGGUCAAGGAGAUUAUUGAUGAACGCACAAGAGAGCGGCUGGUGUAUGAGGUGCGGCAGAAGUGCCGGAACAUCGAAGACAUCUGCAUUUCUUGUGGAAGCCUCAAUGUCACCUUGGAACACCCUCUCUUCGUUGGAGGAAUGUGCCAAAACUGCAAGAACUGCUUCCUGGAGUGUGCGUACCAGUACGACGACGACGGCUACCAGUCCUACUGCACCAUCUGCUGUGGGGGGCGCGAGGUGCUCAUGUGCGGGAACAACAACUGCUGUAGGUGCUUUUGCGUGGAGUGUGUGGACCUCUUGGUGGGGCCGGGGGCUGCCCAGGCGGCCAUUAAGGAAGACCCCUGGAAUUGCUACAUGUGUGGGCACAAGGGUACCUAUGGGCUGCUCCGGCGGCGGGACGACUGGCCCUCUAGGCUCCAGAUGUUCUUCGCCAAUAACCACGACCAGGAGUUUGACCCUCCAAAGGUUUACCCACCUGUCCCAGCUGAGAAGAGGAAGCCCAUCCGGGUGCUAUCUCUCUUUGACGGAAUUGCUACAGGGCUCCUGGUGCUGAAGGACUUGGGGAUCCAGGUGGACCGCUACAUUGCUUCGGAGGUGUGUGAGGACUCCAUCACAGUGGGCAUGGUGCGGCACCAGGGGAAGAUCAUGUACGUCGGGGACGUCCGCAGCGUCACACAGAAGCAUAUCCAGGAGUGGGGCCCAUUCGAUCUGGUGAUUGGGGGCAGUCCCUGCAAUGACCUCUCCAUCGUCAACCCUGCCCGAAAGGGACUCUAUGAGGGCACUGGCCGGCUCUUCUUUGAGUUCUACCGCCUCCUGCAUGAUGCGCGGCCCAAGGAGGGAGAUGAUCGCCCCUUCUUCUGGCUCUUUGAGAAUGUGGUGGCCAUGGGCGUUAGUGACAAGAGGGACAUCUCGCGAUUUCUCGAGUCCAACCCUGUGAUGAUUGAUGCCAAAGAAGUGUCAGCUGCACACAGGGCCCGCUACUUCUGGGGUAACCUUCCUGGUAUGAACAGGCCAUUGGCAUCCACUGUGAAUGAUAAGCUGGAGCUGCAGGAGUGUUUGGAGCAUGGCAGGAUAGCCAAGUUCAGCAAAGUGCGGACCAUUACUACUAGGUCAAACUCCAUAAAGCAGGGCAAAGACCAGCAUUUCCCCGUCUUCAUGAAUGAGAAAGAAGACAUCUUAUGGUGCACUGAAAUGGAAAGAGUGUUUGGCUUCCCCGUCCACUAUACCGACGUCUCCAACAUGAGCCGCUUGGCCAGGCAGAGACUUCUGGGCCGGUCAUGGAGCGUGCCAGUCAUCCGCCACCUCUUCGCUCCGCUGAAGGAAUAUUUUGCUUGUGUGUAAGGGACAUGGGGGCAAACUGAGGUAGAUACAAAGUUAAACAAACAAACAAAAAAACACAAAACAUAAUAAAACACCAAGAACGUGAGGAUGGAGAGAAGUAACAGCACCCAGAAGAGAAAAAGGAAUUAAAAACAAAAACCACAGAGGCGGAAAUACCGGAGGGCUUUGCCUUGCGAAAAGGGUUGGACAUCAUCUCCUGAUUUUCAAUGUUAAUCUUCAGUGCUAUUUAAAAACAAAACCAAGCCCCUCCCCUCCCCUUCCUCCCCCUCCUUUUUUUUUUUUUUUUCUUUUGUUUUCUCUUUUCAGAGGGGUUUUCUGUUUGUUUGGGUUUUUGUUUCUUGCUGUGACUGAAACAAGAAGGUUAUUGCAGCAAAAAUAAGUAAAAAAAAAAAAAAAAAGUAACAAUACCUUGCAGAGGAAAGAUGGGAGAGAGGAAAAAAGGAAAUUCUAUAGAAAUCUAUAUAUUGGGUUUUUUUUUUUUUUUUUUUUUUUUUUUUUACUAUAUAUCUCUUUUUGUUGUCUCUAGCCUGAUCAGAUAGGAGCACACACAGAGGGCAGAAAUAGACACUCAAGUGGCAGAAUUCCCUCCCAGCCACUGAGCUGUCUUGCCAGCACCAUUCCUGGUCAUGCAGAACAGAACCCAGCUAGCAGCAGGGAGACAAGACCACCACACAGGACACUUUUCUACAGUAUUUCAGGUGCCUACCACACAGGAAACCUUGAAGAAAAUCAGUUUCUAGAAGCCGCUGUUACCUCUUGUUUACAGUUUAUAUAUAUAUGAUAGAUAAGAGAUAUAUAUAUAAAAGGUACUGUUAAACUACUGUACAACCUGAAUUCAUAAUGGUGCUUUAAAACAGCGAGAUGAGUAAAAACAUCAGCUUCCACAUUGCCUUAUGCGCAAAGGGUUUGACCGAGGAUGGAGAAAGGGAGACAGUGUGCAGAUGACUCACCAUCAAGGUGGGUUUUUACACAAAGUGAAGGAGGAGGAUUUGGGAGCAGUGUUCUCCCGUUUCUCCCUGCCAAAAAGGGGGUUAGAGGAAGAUGUCGGACCGUGGAAAGCUGAGCGUGAAAUUCAUCCAGACUCAUGCAAUAACUUUUUGAUUUUUUUCCUAAAAGGAGACUCCCUUGGCAAGAUGGCAGGGUAAGGAGUCUUCAUUCCCAAUUUCCCAGUUUAGCUGAUUUGAGGGCUCCUUGUGGUGGGAUCAGAAAUAAUCCAGAGUGUGGGAACGUGACAGUUAAAAACCCCACCUGGAGCAAAUAAAAAAACAUACAAAACGUA